AGCCAAGUCCUGUCUCUGUUAGAAUUUGGGAGCAGUGAGACCGGGCGUUAGGUCAGAAACAGGAGCUCCAUGAGUCAAUGACUGUCUCCAUAACUCUCCUUAAUGGUUUAUCAGUGUUGUUGGACGCAGGCUGCUGAAGUUACUCUUCUUGCAGAGUUACAGUGCCAGUUGUCCCAGUGAUGUGAGGCGGUGUAUAACAACAAAGCAGACAUGUGGACCAAAGGCUGAGGCUCAGGGGCUCCCGACUGCUCUCUGCGCCGCACAGUUAUAUUGCAGUUCCAGCUGUAAAGAUGACAUCUGCCACACCUCCGUCCUCUCGUAGCUCCUCCCCUCAGAAGGUGUGCCACUCCCAAACACAGACCGAUGUUUUAAAGCCCUUACUGGGUGGUGGCUUAUCUGGUGGGGGAGGGACUCUGAGGAAGAGGAGGCGUGUCCUGUCCAAAGAUGGGCGUAGCAACGUGCGCAUCGAGCACGUCAACGGCCGGAAUGCUCUGUACAUGCGGGACCUCUGGACAACAUUUCUGGACAUGCAGUGGCGCUACAAGUUGUUCCUGUUCACGGCCACGUUUGCGGGGACCUGGUUCCUGUUCGGGGUGCUGUGGUAUCUGAUGGCCCUGGUGCACGGAGACCUGCUUGAGUUCGACCCCCCGUCGAACCACACGCCCUGUGUGAUGCAGAUGCAGACCCUGACAGGGGCUUUCCUCUUCUCCCUGGAGACCCAGACCACCAUUGGUUAUGGUUUCCGUUGCAUCACUGAGGAGUGUCCCGCAGCCAUCAUCCUCCUAAUCGUCCAGCUCGUCAUCACCAUGCUGAUGGAGAUCUUCAUCACUGGUACCUUCCUGGCCAAGGUUGCUCGGCCAAAGAAGCGAGGUGAGACGGUGAAGUUUAGCCAACACGCAGUGGUGUCGACCCACGAAGGCCGGCCCUGCCUGAUGAUCAGGGUGGCCAACAUGCGCAAGAGUCUCCUGCUCGGCUGUCAGGUGAGUGGAAAACUGCUCCAGACAUCUCUGACCAAGGAAGGGGAGACGGUUCGCCUGGACCAGAGAAACGUUCCCUUCCAAGUGGACACAUCUAGCGACAGCCCCUUCCUCAUCCUGCCCCUCACCUUCUACCACCUCAUCGAUGACAACAGCCCCCUGCGAGCCUGGGCAGACAAGGGUGGAGGCUGGACAGACCCAGAGUUGGCAGACUUCGAGCUGCUGGUCAUCAUGAGCGCUACAGUGGAGCCGACCUCGGCCACCUGCCAGGUUCGCACCUCAUACCUGCCGGAUGAGAUUCUCUGGGGUUAUGAGUUUCCACCUGUAGUCUCCCUUUCCCCAUCGGGGAAAUACAUAGCGGACUUUGCCUUCUUUGAUAAAGUGGCCAAGACCAAGACCACGCCCAUCUUCAAAAAAUCCAGCCCCCAGCAUGAGUACCAGAGCAACGGGGGUGCUGUGUCUGAGGGGUCCGAUCCAGAGAAGAUCCGUCUGGAGCAGAGUUACAGGGAGAGAGGGGAGGAGCGUGGCCGUGUCAGAGACACUCCUCUCAGUGUUCGCAUCAGCAAUGUGUGAACAAAUGAAAUGGUUGAGAAG